GUCUAACGGAGAGACUUCUAAUCCAGAAACCAACACCUUAAAUUUUUUUCUCACUCUGUAAUUCUCUCCUUCAAAUCAAUGGCGUCAAUCCGAACCUUCCAUCCCACCAUUUCCACUUAUCUCAAUUCCUUCCAUGGAUAUACAAUCUCAAUCUCAUGCGCUUCUUCUACGCCGCCAUUUUCGUUUAAAUCAUCCAACAAUAACAACUUUCACUUCUUCGCUUCUUCAAACGCUUUCUCAAGGACUUCCCUCCGCGAGAAUCUCCGUUUUCCACUUUCCCGAAAAACCCAUCCGCCAUCUGUUUCAAGUAUUUGGGAUGCCCUAACAGGAGGAAAUUCUCCCCGCGAAGCUAUAAUCGUUGUUAGACGGGGAAUGUCAUUCUUCAGACAGGGUGAUGUUAAGAAUUCAUUAGCAGAGUUCGAUAAAGCAAUUGAACUUGAUCCUCGGCAAAAAGCAUAUUUAUGGCAGAGAGGGCUGUCAUUGUAUUAUCUUAACAGGUAUGAAGAAGGGGCUGAACAGUUUAGGAUAGAUGUUGCUCAAAAUCCAAAUGAUACCGAAGAAUCUAUAUGGUGUUUUCUGUGUGAAGCUCAGAUAUAUGGGGUUGAUGAGGCAAGAAGAAGAUUUCUUGAGGUUGGUAUAGAUCCUCGUCCUGUCAUGCGAGAAGCCUAUAACAUGUUUAAAGAUGGUGGUGACCCAGAGAAGCUUAUUGCGGCAUUUACAAGUGGCAAGGAAAGUGAGUACUUUUAUGCAUCUUUAUAUGCAGGGCUAUACUAUGAAUCUCAGGGCAAUGCAGACUUGGCUAAGCUAUCUAUUUUAGCUGCUUGCCAGUGCCCAUAUGGUUUAAGGUCUGACGAUUAUAUGGUUUCGCUUGCCAAGGUUCACUGUCUAUGUCGAAGUUGGCAAUCUGGUUAAUGUACUUGACUUAAGUGUUUUGGAAAUGCGAUUUUUCUAUAAUUCUUAAAACUAGGCGGAGAAGAUUUGUUUUUAUAUCAUCCACUUCUUUUGGAAGAUGAGACUCCCCUCAUCACUGGUCUUCUAAUCCUCUUGUGUUGUGAUAUAUAUAUAUAUUUUUAUGGUUUUGAGGUUUUUCUAAUAGAAAGGUUGAUGAUCUGUUUUAUAGCUAGUUUAGUUAUUUAUUCACUAAUUAUGACAAUAAUGUAUAACUUGACCUGAAUUGUUUUUUUCUAAUGAAUUUUACCAUUUAGUUGUGA